AUGACAUCUCCACAGAGCACACCCCAUCAAUCAGAAAGACCAAAUCAUUCUGGGCUUCUUAGGAGUAUAAAAAGAAGUGCAAAUUCAGUCGGCCGUAGAGUAAAGAAUACAUCUAAAGCAACACUUAAAUUAGCACUAGCCCCUGUUAAGAUAGUGAUAAAUAUGUGCUCUAUGUGCUCUACAAGUACUCUAAUUGCCUCAUCAGAGGAUGAAAUUAUUUCUAUUUCUAUUCCCAGUAUAAGGCAGAGACAGUCAAAUCGAAGUGGUUUAAAUUCGGGUUAUUCGGGUUCUGCAGCCACUGUACAAAUCCCAUCUAAUCAGAACCCAUCUGAACUGAAUCGUAAAUCAAAUGAGCUACCUUCACUAAUUAAAGAACCAUCUGAGCAUCAGAAACCACAAGCCGUAAGUGAACUGUCUCCUAUUACAGAAGAAACAAAAAUAUUCAAGACAAACCAAGAUAUCCCCAUGACAUUCUUACUUACAGAGUUUAUUAGGGAAAUUAUAGACAUUGUUAAAAACACUGCGUAUAUGAAAUGUUCGUCAUAUUCUCCCCUUCUUAUAUUCUUCUACCUUAAACAGAAUAGAAAUCAUUUACACGAGCAGUGGAGAACAACUAUUUCAAGAAAUAUUGAAUUUCACGUAUCCACUGCUGAUCCUAAUCCUGUUGAUAUGCACAGAGAUGUAAUUGAAUUUCUUGUGGCAGAAGCCCUUUCACCGUGCCCUAUAAUGAACUACUGGUUAUUACGCACUGAAUCAUUCCAGGAUGCGUAUGCUGAAUUAUACUACUCCGUAAUAAACACAUUAUUCCAAGAGAAUAAAAAUAAUACGCGUACAGAAAAAAUAAUCACACUUUACUGCCAAGUACUCAGGUAUGUAAAAGACCUUAUUACGUACGCCAUACAAGAUUUAAAAGAAGGGUCACCGUGUGAGUGUACUGAAUCUCAUUUAUUCACAGAUCUUUUAUUCAAUCUGAGGAAGUCUGUGGGGGUAUCUUCUUUUUUAGCUGCUGAGCAUACUCUGUCGGAUAAGGAUGUAAGUGCAUAUGAUGAAACAGAGGAUGUAUACGUAUCUUCUGAUGAUAAACCAUUUGGUAAUUCGAAUGAAGUUCCUGAUCCAGGUGCGAUACUUGAGAAUUUAAUGACGAGUCCUCUUUUCCAGAAACUCCGUGCAAAGAAUAUUUUAGAUGGGACCAUUCAGGAAACAUCCUCAGGCGUACUUAGUCCAGAGGAGAAAAAACAGUUAGACUCAUCUAUUUCGUAUGUAAUGCGGAUGGGUACUCCCACACCAAUUGUAAAAUGUGUAUCCCCUAAAAACAAUUAGGGUUAUACUUAGUCAUUACUUGACUAUUUACUGUAUACACUGCUAAUUACAAUAAUAAAUUACUUUCGGGU